AUGAGUGUCCCAUUGGCACCCAAGAAAUCAUGUUACACUCAAUUGCAGGACAACAGAAAGGGGGCGAAAAAUAAUAAUGAGGGCCUCCUAAGUCUGGGUGAUACUAAUGCCAAUCAAAUCAUGGUGGAGGGUAGUCCCUCUACCGAUGAGUCUCAGACAUGUGACCUGACAGAUGAAAUUGGAAAUGCAAAUUCACAUGAGCUAGAAAGUAGUUCCUGUUUCCAAAAGGAAUUUCACUCAUUUCAGGACUUCAGGAAGGGAUUGCAAGCUCGCCCCAGCAGCCUGAAGGAUUUAAAGUUUUCUUCAACUGUUUGUGGGGAAUUAAGUGAAGAGCACACAAUGCAGAGGGGCCCAACUCUCCUGCAGCCCCCAAGGAGUGGCCAGGGACCAAGUCUUGCAGGCCAGAGGAAUGUUACGGGUGAGGCCAGUCCAGACAUUUUGACUCCAAGGGAUGCCGAAAUUCCCCGGCAUGCCCCCAAGGAUAAAUUGGCAAAGACCCUUGACAAUGAGGAACUAAGAAGGCAUGCUUUGGAAAGGACGAGCAGCUCUGCUGGUGCAAUGGACAAGUUCACAAAGGAGCGUGCUGGGAGCCUGACUCAGCCACUUCCACAGCCUUCCCCACUGGGCUCCCCUGAAGCCCUAGAUGGUGUGCCUAAGGGUGGCGAGGGGCCACAGAAGACAGUGACAACCCAUUCCCCAGGGACAGCUUUUACUCCAGCUGACAUCACCUCACAGGGAAAGAAUGUGUGUCAUCCUAAACCAUCUACCUCAGAAACCAAGGAGACCACCAGCUUAGAGGCCCAGAUGGAGGGGGGACACGUACCAGGAGUUAGGGAUGAGGGCACAGCUCGUUCUGCCCACUCAGAGUGUGUUCUGACUUCAGAAUCCAAGGAAGUCCUGAGUAAGCCAGAAGCACAAUUAGGUCAGGAAAAGGGAGAGCCCAAGCUGGAGCUGCAAUUUGUCCAACCCUGGGCCAUUCAGGAAUUAACAUCAACUGGGGCCGAGUGUCUGGGAUGUCCCAUGGAAGACAGUGUGUUACUCCAAGAGAGAAAGUGGCCCGGUGGGGAAGCACAGCAAGAAGUCACCACCAGGGCAGUCAGCAGUCUGCUUCACAGCAGUGUCCACCCGCUUGGCAUGGCAAGAGGCAGGAGUGUGCAGGACAAGAGCUCCAUCCACCUAGGUGAACAGGGGUCUCUUCAGACCACCCCCAGACCCAGCCCUGUUUCCUUGCGAGCUGCUGAUAAUCAGCCCCCUGGUAGAAUUUCACCAACUGCAGCUAGGAAACUGAGUGAAAGUUCACCUAGCAGCAUCUCACCAGGUGGUGGUCACCCAGCUCUUCUUCCUCAAGCCCCAGCUGACAGCAGGCCCUCAGAUGCUGAUGAGGGGAGAGGGGUGCUGAACAGUGGGAGCAGGGGCAGUGCUAUGGUUUUUACUUCAGAUCCUUGUGUUGAAGAGAGAAAAACUGGGGUCACCGAGCCCCUUGACCCUCAAAGCAGCAGCUCAGAAGCAAAGGAAAGCAAAGAGGUCACAACAUCUAUUGCUGAAACUAGGAACCUUCUAGAAAAUGCAGUUAAGCCUGAAAGUUCCCCAGCAAGAACAGAUUCUCUUCUCACUGUCCCAAACUCUCUCCACCCAGAGAAAACUGUGAAUGUGACCCACCAGCAAACAUUACCCAGUACCAGUCUUCAGGACCUGAGUACGCUGAGUGUGGAUGCGGGCUCACCCUCGGCUGCCCCACCUCCCACUGACAGCUGGCGGUUGUCGAACACCUCCCCAAAAGUGCCUGACAAGAACCCCUGCCCCAGUGGGAUCCCCAAGCCUGUCUCCACACAUUCUGAGGAUACGCCUUCCUCACAGGAGGGGCUGGAGAACCACCAGGUUGAAAGAACAGAAGAAAGGACAGAACCCAAGCCCAUCAUUUUGCCCAAGCCCAAGCACGUGAGGCCCAAGAUCAUCACCUACAUCAGGAGGAGUCCACAGGCCCUCGGCCAGGUGGACGCUUCGCUGGUCCCAGUGGGGCUUCCAUAUGCCCCGCCCACAUGUAACACACCUCUUGCCAAAGAGGAGAAGGUGGCAGGCAGUGACCUGAAGCCGACUGCCAGCCUCUACGAGAAGUUCAAGCCAGACUUGCAGAAGCCAAGGGUCUUCAGCCCUGGGUUGAUGGUAUCUGGGAUCAAACCCCCAGGACACCAUUUCAGUCAAAUUAGUGAAAAGUUUCUACAGGAGGUUACAGAACGCCCUGGAAAAGAAGAAUUUUGCUCUCCUCCCUAUGCGCACUACGAAGUUCCUCCCACUUUCUACCGCUCGGCCAUGCUCCUUAAGCCCCAGUUGGGAUUGGGCGCGAUGUCCCGUUUACCGUCAGCAAAGAGCAGGAUCCUUAUCGCGAGCCAGAGGUCUUCAGCAAGCACCAUCCACCCGCCAGGACCCAUAGCAACAGCUGCUGGUCUCUACAAUUCCGAUCCCGCAGCAGAUUUAAAGAAAGCUUCCAGUUCGAAUGCUGCCAAAUCCUGUCUACCUAAAUCUGGACUUCGCCCUCCUGGAUACUCGCGUCUCCCAGCAGCCAAGCUGGCGGCAUUGGGCUUUGUGCGGAGCUCCAGUGUGUCCUCAGUCUCCAGCACCCAAUCCAUGGACAGCGCACAGCCAGAGCAGAGCCGGCUGGCCAACCGUUCAACCUUUGGGAAUGAAGACCAGCCAGCCCUGAAGGUAGCUCUGCCUUCUAAAGACGCACCCAAGGGAGCCGGCCGGGUGGCCCCUCCGGCAUCCUCCAGUGUCACUACACCCCGCAGGAGUUUGCUUCCAGCACCAAAAUCCACAUCCACACCCGCUGGAACAAAGAAAGAACUACAAAAAGAUCAAGAUGCUAAUAAACCUGCUGUUUCAUCUCCGAAGAGAGUGGCUGCUUCAGCCACCAAGCUUCAUUCGCCAGGAUACCCCAAGCAGAGAAGCACGGCUCCCCGAAAUGGGUUUUCCCCCAAACCAGACCUGCAGGCCCGCGAAGCCGAGCGGCAGUUGGUUCAGCGGCUGAAGGAGAGGAGUGAGCAGCAGGCCAGGCAGCUGGGUCUCAUGCAGGCGGAGCUGAGACGGGCCAUCUCCGGCUUCCAGGCAUUCGCCGUGUCCACUCAGCACUUCUUUGGAAAGAAUGAAAGUGCCCUUGUGAAAGAGAAAGAGCUGUCAAUCGAACUUGCAAACAUCAGGGAUGAAGUUGCCUUCAACACAGCCAAAUGUGAGAAACUACAGAAGGAGAAGGAAGAGCUGGAGAGGCGGUUUGAGGAUGAGGUGAGGAAGCUGGGCUGGCAGCAGCGGGCCGAGCUCCAGGACCUGCAGGGGCGACUCCAGCUGCAGUUCGAGGCAGAGAUGACCCAGCUUCAGGAGGAGCACAGCGCCCAGCUGCUGCGGAUCCGGUGUCAGCACCAGGAGCAGGUAGAAGAUAUCACUGCCAGCCAUGAGGCUGCUCUCCUAGAGAUGGAAAAUAACCAUACAGUGGCCAUUGCGAUCCUACAGGACGACCACGAUCACAAAGUCCAAGAACUGAUGUCUACCCACGAGCUUGAAAAGAAAGAAUUGGAAGACAAUUUUGAAAAGCUGCGGCUGUCAUUGCAGGACCAGGUGGACACGCUGACCUUCCAGAGCCAGUCUCUGCGGGACCGAGCCAGACGCUUCGAGGAGGCUCUGAGGAAGAACACUGAGGAGCAGCUGGAGGUGGCACUGGCUCCCUACCAGCACUUGGAGGAAGACAUGAAGAGUCUGAAGCAGGUAUUAGCAAUGAAGAAUCAGCAAAUACACCAGCAGGAAAAGAAGAUCAUUGAGCUGGAAAAGCUGGUGGAAAAGAACAUUAUCCUGGAGGAGAAGAUCCAAGUUCUCCAGCAGCAGAACGAAGAUCUGAAAGCAAGGAUUGACCAGAAUACCGUUGUCACGAGACAGCUGUCCGAGGAGAACGCCAAUCUGCAGGAGUAUGUUGAGAAAGAGACCCAGGAGAAGAAGAGGUUGAGCCGGACCAACGAAGAGUUGCUCUGGAAGCUCCAAACUGGGGACCCAACCAGCCCAAUUAAACUCUCCCCCACCUCCCCUGUUUACCGGGGCUCAUCCUCAGGGCCCUCCUCACCCGCCAAAGUCAGCACAACGCCCAGAUGACGCCACCACGCUGCCCUCCGGAGCUGCGGCUCUUCCCGCACCCUGCGCUUCCACCCGGAGGGAGCCUCCACCUGCGCCGGCCAGCCCGCCCCGAGUGCACGCUCAGCAGCUGCACUGGGCAUCCUCCCGGGGUCCUCUCCUGAUCCUGAUCCUGAUCCUGAUCCCGAUCCCGGUGUGAGACUGUCCUGGUGCUGGCACUUAGGAAAGUGUUCACUGUAGUGUCUGAUGUGCAAACACAUUUGACCAUAGAUAGAGCCAAAAGAAAGAAAUGCCAAUUGUUCUUGAGCGAUGAACUUCACUGCAGAAUUUCAGGUUAGUGACAAAUAGUUCCGUUUGGAGACUCCACUGAAUAAUCAUUGUGUGCUGCACCGAUGUGUAUGUGUGUUUAAAUGUACAUAUCUGCACACGCGGCAGUUCUGAAUUGCAUUUUUUAUAACAUGAAGUGCUGACAUAUUUUGGUGAAGGUCAGCAGUUUUCUAACUUGUGCCUAAGAAUAAUUGGGAAAUGAAAAUGCAUUUCUGUCUAGCUUCCCAGGAAUAUUUCUACCCACAAUAGAAAAAGGAAAAAAAAAUACAGAGAAGAAGCGCCUUUCGACCUACCACCUUGUGGUACUGUAUUUAACACAAACACCAGCGACUUGUGAACAGUAACUGCCUUUGGAACAAUCAGCUUCUUAGUCAACAUGAUGCGAAGUCACCAUCAUUCCAUUCACAGGUUUUAAUUAUUAAUGCUCCUGUCUCCUGUCGUGGGUGGAUAAGGGAGAGCGGUGGGAAACCCUGCAGGGUUUAGCAGCUUAUUGGACAUUACGACAUGACGGUGAAUCAUCUAUAGUCUUGUAAACAUAAGUUUUGCUUUUUUCCUAAAUGGCAUAUUGGAAUCUGUCAUUCAGCUGUUGCACCCUUGGGGAAAAUACGGAAGAGCAUGCCCUUCUGGAGUGAAGGCAAGGAUGACCUUGGAGUUGACCAAGACCAUUCACCCUCCCACCUCAAUAAGGAAAACUGCUGACAGGAACUGUACUUUGACUAAGCACAGAGUAAGGAAGCUCUGGCAUUCUAUGUGGUUUGCUCCGAUCUGAUGCUGCAAAUGGUCAACCCACUGAUAUGACCCUUAGGCCCCCAUUUCAUAGCAACCACCCUUCAGUUUGGAUCAAUAACUCAGUCUCAUCACCAUGCAUUGAGAUGGCUCAGGGGUUCUAGCAGGGGCUUCCAGAAAAUCAAUUCUUCCAUCCCGGUAGACCAGUUCCAGGCUGUGCUAGACCCUCACAUGACCUUCCAGGAACCCAGGUGUAUUUUCUGCCGGAUCGUUGAGCAAUGCCACAGCUGACAGUGCUCCCAUCUUAGACCCAGGAGGCCCUUCCACAUAGAGGAUCCCAUUGAAACUGCCAGCCAGUGGUUACUGGCUAUUGGACUGGCAUCUGUCUCUGAAAUGGUAGAAUUAGAAUGUGAAAGGUAUUCCUGUAGUGCUGUGGAAGGUUAGGAGCAUGACACCCAACAGAGAAGUAGUUUUAACAGUUGAUAUAAUGAUGAUAAUGAUGCU